GUGGCAGAUGAACGUAAAUUCCUAAACCUGCUCCACAAGCCAUACCACCACGCAUACGUGUAAAUUAUUUACAUACUAUGCACGUUGGUAUGCAUAUUCGAAUGGUCCUCUUUUUUUUUUUUUAAUAACCGCUUAACCAUUUUGUUAAGAAAAAAUAGUGAUAAAACGGUUUUCAGGUAUGGCUUGCUCGUCGUAGGAGCCAACGUGCCAGUUUUACCCAAGCCCGAUCGUUUGCGGAGCUUCUCAUUCAUUUCGGCUAGUUCAAACGCAGUAGGGGGGGAAAAACAUGUGACUAUAGGGGAGCGAUGCAAAGCUGAUAAGGUCCCCAAAACGUUGCCUUUAAAAAGGAUAAGUAAAAUUCUACCUCUGCUAAAAUAUGCGAAAUGGUUGAGUAGCUCGAACCGCCGCAACCCCACGUGUACGCAAAAAGUUAGCCAAUUUUGGCGAGUGGUAAAAGCGCACAGUUAAGUGGGCGUAGGGGGGUACAUCUGUGUAUGUAUUACGCAGGAGUCGGUGCGCCAAGCGAGUUUGCAUCGUUUUCUGCCCCCCUUUUGGAGGGACACCACUAGAGGAGACGCCGCAGUGGUAGCUGCUUUGUAGAAAAUUGCAAAAGUGAGGCCCGCGGAGCACCACCAUGAAGGGGGUCAUACGAAUUAAGGCGAAAAAGAAAAAGGGAAAAACGGAGGAGGGCAAUGAAGACAACGUGGAGGUGAACGACGGGGUGGAGGGAAAGCCGGCAGAUGCCAAAGGGGAGGGCGCACCUGAACACAGGGUGAAGGAAGUCAAGGAAGCCGGGGGAAUCGGGCGCGCCAAAGAAGACCCGCUUACCCGUCGGCAAAAGGAAGAGGGUGGGGGCGAGGAAAAGUUUAAAAUAAAGAUCGGCGAAUCGGACGACGAGGUGAGCAGCAUCUCCCCCGCAGGCGACGUAAAUGAGUAUAAAAAUGUGGGUGAAGGAACCGCCAGGGGGAGCGCCUCCCUGGGGAAGAACGUAAAAAAGCAGGAUAACAUCUGCGAGGGGUACACCCUGGGGGUGGCGCAACGCAGCGAGCAGGCUGAAGUGGUUAACGAGCCGCUCGCCCAAUUUAGGGAGAAUAAGCCAAACUGCAGGACUCACAAUGGGGUAAAGAGCGAAGCAGUGGGUAGUGGCCACCCCCAUUUUGACGACCCUGGGUCCAUCCCCAAUAGAGGGAAAAACACAGAAGAGAACUUCUCCGAACUUGUUGUAAAAAGUGGAGCACAUAACAAAAAGAUAUAUGAAGAAUCGAAGGAUAUAAAAAAUGUGACCGAAAAGUGGAAGCUACUGCCAGCCUACUUAAAGGUGAAGGGGCUGGUCAAGCAGCACAUAGAAUCGUACAACUACUUCAUCAAGCAAGAAAUAAAAACAAUAAUGAACGCAACGACAAAUAAGAUUUUAAAAUCAGAUAUUGAUGAGCAUUUCUACGUCGAGUUUUUAGAUAUAUUUGUGGGGAAACCCUCAGUUGAAGAAAAUAUGAUCGAAACGAAUUUGACUCCCCAAAUAUGCAGGCAGAGGGACUUAACAUACUCGGCUCCCAUCUAUGUAGAUGUGGAAUAUGUGAAAGGGAGCAACAUCAUUAGAAAGAACAACGUCGAGAUAGGGAGGCUGCCCGUCAUGCUGAGAAGUGAUAUAUGUAUUUUAAAUAACAAAAGUGAAGAGGAGCUGAUGAAAUUGGGGGAGUGUCCUUACGACCCUGGGGGGUACUUCAUCGUUAAAGGCACGGAGAGGGUUCUCCUAAUGCAGGAGCAGCUGUCCAAAAAUAGAAUCAUCGUCGAGAUGGACAUAAAGCAUAAUAUCUGUGCAACCAUCACAUCUACAACGGCGGAGUCUAAGAGUAGAUGUGCCAUCGUUUAUAAGAAUAAUAAAUUGUAUCUGAAGCAUAACUCCUUUAUUGAGGACAUCGGGGUGUGCAUCAUCCUGAGAGCCAUGGGGUACGAGAGUGACCAGGAAAUAUUCCAAAUGAUAGGGUCGCAUAGAAAUUACCUGAACGGGAUUUUGCUCUCCCUCUACGAGUUGUAUAGCGAGAAUAUAAAGACCAACUUAGAUGCACUGCUCUACAUAGGGAAGAAAAUCAGGCCGAGGCUACUAGCCAAGGGGUUCUUCAGCUCCAUGAAGGAAAAGCAAGUGAAAAAUGAAAAGGACAUCAUCGAGGAGGGGCUAGAUUUUCUAAGCAGAGUUCUCCUAUCCCACAUUCAGCAGAAGAACAAGUAUGAUUUUCGAAACAAAGCUAGAUGCAUCUGUCUCAUGAUUAGACGGGUUCUAGAUGGCGCAAAUAAUAAGAACGAGUUGGAUGAUAAGGACUAUUAUGGUAAUAAGAGGCUGGAGCUAGCUGGGCAGCUAAUAUCCCUCCUGUUCGAGGACCUUUACAAGCGGUUCUAUUUCACCCUAAAGAAGCAGAUAGACCAGACGCUCAGCAAGUACAUGCAAAGCAAUUACACAUCUAAGUUGAAAUAUAGCGGGAAUGUUAAUGAUACCUACCCAGAUGUGUUUAGGAGCCUCCCAAAAGAUAUCAUCACAAGGGGGAUGCAGGCGGCCAUAUCCACCGGAAACUGGAACAUUAAGAGGUUUAAGAUGGAGAAAAGUGGAGUGUCACAGGUGCUCUCCCGUUUAUCCUUCAUCGCAUGCAUCGGAAUGAUGACCAGACUGAAUUCUCAGUUUGAAAAGGGAAGAAAGGUGAGUGGGCCAAGAGCAUUGCAGCCAUCCCAGUGGGGAGUCCUAUGCCCCUGUGAUACUCCAGAAGGGGAAUCCUGUGGACUUGUAAAAAAUUUAGCUCUCAUGACGCAUGUUACGAAUGAUAAUGAGAAUAAUGAACAUUUAAUAGAAAUAUUAUACACCUUAGGGGUGGAAGAUAGUGACAGUUUAACAGGAGAGGAAAUGUACAAGCAGGGAAUCUUCUUUGUAAUCUUCAAUGGAAUCCUUCUAGGUGUGCAUAAGAAGCCACGCAUAUUUAUGAGGCGAAUUAGGUGCCUAAGAAGGUAUGGGAAAAUAGGGCAGUUCGUUUCUAUAUAUGACAAUUUUCUGCAUAACGCUAUUUACAUUUCGACGGAUGGUGGGAGGUUAUGCAGACCGCUAAUCAUCGUGGAGAAUGGGAAAUCCAAACUGUCCCAGGAACAUAUCCUAUCGCUGGAAAAGGGGAUCAUUAACUUUUUUGAUUUACUUAAAAGUUCAGUCAUCGAGUGGAUAGACGUGAAUGAACAGAACAAUCUGCUUAUCGCUUUGAACGAAUCUGACAUUUCGGUGAAUACGACUCAUCUAGAAAUAGACCCUCUCACCAUAUUGGGGGUGGUGGCUGGACUUAUUCCCUAUCCGAAUCAUAACCAGAGUCCGAGGAACACCUACCAAUGUGCUAUGGGGAAACAAGCCAUUGGGGCCAUUGGGUAUAAUCAGUUCGUUCGGUGCGACACUCUGCUGUAUCUGCUUGUGUACCCCCAGAAACCGCUCGUCAAAUCGAAGACCAUCGAAUUUAUUAAUUUUGAGAAGCUGCCUGCUGGGCAGAAUGCCAUCGUGGCGGUUAUGAGUUUCUGCGGGUAUGAUAUCGAGGACGCGAUCGUGAUGAACAAAUCCUCCAUCGACCGGGGCUUCGGGCGGUGCAUGUCUCUGAGGAAGCACGCCGUGGAGCUGAAGAAGUACUUCAACGGGUCCAACGACCUGGUCCUGCCCUCCCCCCUGGCCAUCAGCAAGCUGCAGCAGCGGCAGGAGAGGCAGCGCAGGGAGAAGCGGGACAGGCGCGAGAAGCGGGAAAAGCAGGAGAUGCGGGAGAAACAGGAGGCGCAGGAGACGCUGGAGAAGCAACCCCAGGCGCAGGAAGACCAGCUUGCCCCCCCCCGACAGCACGCGAAGGAAGAGAGGGACCACGAAGAAAACGGCGCAGACUCAAACGUGGAGGAGCCCAAAAGAUUCCAAAAUAAAGAAAUUAAAAAAUACCACGCGUUGGACGUCGACGGAGUAGUCUCCAUAGGAUACCUGCUGAGAGAAGGACAAGUGUACAUAAAUAAGUACUCACCAAAAAAUGUGAAAGAUCACGUGAAGGACAUAAGCAAAAUCGAUUUGAAUGAUUUAAAGUCAAAUGAGGUAAAGUACAAAAGUGUGUACCCAUCUUACGUGGACAAAAUUAUUUUUACAGAAAACGCAGAAGGGUUAAAAAUCUACAAAAUUAUUAUGCGCCAAACGAGACUGCCCGAAUUGGGGGAUAAAUUUAGCUCAAGACAUGGCCAGAAGGGAGUCGUCGGCUUGCUAGUUAACCAGGAAGAUAUGCCAUUUACAGAAUCGGGUAUCUGUCCCGAUUUGAUUAUGAAUCCUCAUGGAUUUCCAUCCCGUAUGACGGUGGGGAAGCUCCUCGAACUUGUAGCCUCUAAAUCAGCCGUCCUAGAUGGAGAAUUCAAAUACGGGUCCAUUUUUAGUGGCACCCCCUUUGAGGAAAUGGCAUCCAUUUUGUUUAAAUAUGGUUUCAACUGCUCCUGUAAAGAAUUGCUCUACUCCGGAUUGACGGGGGAACCGCUAGAAACCUACAUCUUUAUGGGACCCAUUUAUUACCAAAAGUUAAAGCACAUGGUGCAGGAUAAAAUCCAUGCUAGGGCUAGAGGACCAAGGCAGUUGCUAACUAGGCAACCAACGGAAGGGAGGUCGAAAGAAGGAGGGUUACGGUUAGGUGAAAUGGAAAGAGAUUGCCUAAUAGCAUAUGGUGUUAGUAAUUUGCUACUGGAGCGAUUAAUGUUAAGCAGUGAUGUGUGUGAUGUGUACAUUUGCGAAGAUUGCGGGAUGAUGGGUUACGACACGUAUUGCACCUUCUGCCAAAAGUGCGACAAAAAUGCGCUCGUGAAGAUGCCCUACGCGUGCAAACUGCUCUUCCAGGAGCUGCAGACGAUGAAUGUGUUCCCCAAAAUUGUGGUGAAGGAGACGUAGUUUGGCCUCCCCCC